UCAAACUCUGCGCAGCCAAACAGGAAAACCAGCUGGGACACAGUUGGUCGACCACAACAAAGUGAAGGACAGUGCGCGGGCUAAUACAAGGUGAGGGCUACCCGUUCAUAUAUAUGGACACUGGAUAGGUACGCGUGUGGGUGGGUCUUUGAAAACGUUUUACGCACGUACCGGGAAUUUGGGUUUUCUUCAUUGGAAAGAAAUCCACGUUGUCGGGGAAGAGCUUGCUCACCAUCGCCGUUUCGUUCUCGCCCCAACGCUCACUGGCAGCCAACCCCUAGAAAUCGAACAUACACAUGACACAGAAGUUAUAGAGAGCGUCACUCUAUUAGAAAGCGCCACAUACAGUGCUACAUCCAGCAGGUGAGAAUGUGGUGCAAUCGUAAGGUAUAAUCCAUGCAUAUUUCUUCUUUUUCAGUAUCUUCCACUAUCAGUUACCAUGGCCCAUUGGCGCAGCUCCAUCCGCUCCCUCUUCGCGGUCCACUCGGCAUCCUCCGUUUUGUACUUCUUGGUGAGCGCUUCGACUUCUUUCAAGGCCUUGUCCUUGUCCACGUUGCCGUUCUGGUCCUGAGCACGCUUGUUGCACAGGAGUCCGAGCGCCUCUUGGAAAUUGGUAGCCUUCAGAUGCUGGCUCUCGCUCGGACCCCAACACGUUGGAGGAAUCUUGCUGAAGCAGACACCCAU